CGUGAGCGGGUGGUUUCCGUGUAUGAGGAAGUUCGUGAGAGGAGAAGCCAUGACAGGAGGCUGCUGGCUCGCAACUUGCUCAUCGCUGUGAACGCCUGCAGCAGCAUCGUGCUCAUGGUGGCCAUGGUGCAGCUCGGGUGGAGGGACUCUUCCGAAUGGCGUAACAACGAGUCCACGCGCGCCAUCAAGAUAGUGCUCUCUUCCUCCACGGCUGUGCUUGUAUUGCAAAUUCUAGACCUCUACCGCGCCAAAGUGCUCGACAAGACCCAGGAGAUCAAGACUGCUCGAAAGCCCUGGGUCAAGCGAAAGCUCCACAUCUUCAACCCGAUGUGGCUGGUGGUGUGGAAGAAUUCGUCACUUCGCUGGAAGGUAUUCCUCUCCGCUCUUCUCGCUCACUGCUCCAUUGGCCAUCAUCGCUCACGAGGCGUAAUGCUGUGCUGGCGGCCGAGUGUUCCAGUUCUGGUGUGA